UGAGCCAGAAAAUCUGCAGAAACUGUUUCAUCAAGAAUCAAACUCUUGAAAUUCCUCACAGGAAGUCUGAACCUUUGGGGCAAAAAUGUGUAAAGUGAUGUUUAAUUGACGGCAGGUUUGAAACAUGCAGGUUUCCGUCCGAUCAGCGCUGCUCAUACUGCCGUCGUGACGCAACAACAGCAUUCGUCACUCCGUGAAUUACUCGAGCGGUGACGGUGCCGCCGCACACCGUCAAUGGAAAAUCCCGCAGGAGGAGAUAAAAAGUCCAAACCGCUGCAAAUGGAAGCUAAACGAGAUUUUAACGAGUUUAUCGGCGGACAAACAUCGAGACAGAGACACCGACAGCCGCCCUGACAGACAUGAACACCGUGACAGUUGUCGCUCUCCUUCACUGCUUCCUGUUUGCAGUUUUGGUCCAAUCAGCUCCCCUUGGCUCGGCGUCCGAGCCUCCGGCAGCGUUCAGGACGGUGGCCGAGCGAGCGAAGACACUAGUGGAGAAAAUCCUGAAAGACAUCCCCAUCGCCCACGCCGCCACCAUCACUACCGAGGGUUUGACCCUUGACGCCUCCGGACAGACAACGAACCUGCAGAUGAUGGUGAAAACGCUCGGCAUCCCUGACGCACCCGUCAUCAAACCGCUGUCCGAACGCUUCACACUGGACAUGUAUGUGAGUCGUAUGUCAGCGGGCAGCCGGUUGUACCAGGGGCUGCUGGGAGUUUUGUCGGACCGACUGAGCGGACUGAGCGACCUGCGAUCCGAACUCAGAGACCUGCUGACCCAGAUCAGCAAGAUGAGGGAGGCAGCUCAGCUCGCUACCGGCAGUGAUGCGGAUCAGAACCAGAGUCUGGACCUUGCCUCUCGUCUCCAGGGUAACUACGAGGUCCAGGUGGCGGCCCACAUGACGCUGUCAAAGCUCCGCUCCUUCUGUCACGACCUGAUCCGCAGCCUGAGAGCUGUCGCCACCUACAGACCCAGCCCUGCAGGUACAGUCUAAGCCCCGCCCACCAGCUGUGACGCGGCACCGCGUUCGAGGAACGUUCAGGAAGAAUCCGACAAACGGUACGACAUCUGACAACCUUCAUCACCCUUUUAAUCUGCAGUUAAUCAAAACCAUCUGAAAACAGAAACAAAACAGGAACAUAUUGUGCUCGAUAAUGACCACCGAGUGGAACAUCCGUCCGUAGAGACGAUCUUUGGCGAGUGUUCUUUUGGUUAACGCUGAUGGACUUUUAAGUAUUUAUUUAUUUUAAGUAUUUUUUCCCAGAAAACUACAAGAAAGAUGAGGAGAAAAAACCAGAAGGCUCCGCCUGGACUCGAGGCCUCUGUGGUCAUUUUGCUUCUCAGUGUCUGAAUAUUUUCUCUCAGCUUAUCAGCACUUUGUGAACAAUCCCAGAGUGUUUGUGUGUUGAAGCAUGUCAGCCACUGUCUUAUCAGGCAGAGGAUCAAAGCGCCGACUUGCUUUUUUUAGAAAACAUCAGGAAUGUCAAGCUGCCGGAGGACGAACAUUUGUAAAAAGCUCUGACAGACUGAUGGAGAUGUGCAGGUCUGAACCUGCUGCUCACGUCUCCAACACUCCUGCAACACACUGAAAACCACUUUCACUUCUUUAACAGAAUCCUGCAGCAUCAAAUACAACGAGUUUAACCCCAGAGACUGACAGGAAGAAGACAGAGGACGUGACCUUUUUAGAUUUGUUCACCUGUCCUCGAUCAUCUCCGUUAAAGCUUGUUUGUGAGUCGCUGCUGGACUCUUGUUUGUGUCGGCUGACGUUAUUCACACAGCGUCACAUUUCAGACAAACGACAGAUACGUGAGAGUCCGACAACGAUUACAUGUUGCUGCACACGCAUCAAACAUGUGAACACGCUUACAGCCAGCGUGUCACACAGUCUGGAUUCUAUCAGAACUUUAAAGUAGAGCUGCAAAGAUUCAUCGAUUAGUUGCCAACUAUUAAAUUAAGAUAAUCAAUUAAUAGUUU